AUGACCCAGCAAGACCUGCAAGGAAGGCUAGAGUCCUUUUCGAACAACUCGCUGGACAUUCAUGGCGGAAAUGGGCCUCAUCAACGCCACAUCGUCGAGAGCAGCAACAGCAGUUACAGCUCGAGAAACACGGGCUCCAACGCCGCAAGUGCACUGGAUAGCUCGAUGCUGGAAUCUUCAGGUAACACUCCGGACUCUGCAUCCAACUCGUUCCGCAAAAGGUCUCAAAACGUCCACAAACAAGGGAGUCCCACAGCUGUGACAGACCUUUUGGCCAUGUUGGACGACCACGCUGCCCUUCACAGCACGCUAGCUCUCACAGACGCCUCCGACGCUCAUCUGCCGAUGGACCCACAACUUGCUGCCCACUCAUCCAGUUCGAAAUCCAACUCCAUCUCGCACCCAAAUCCAUAUUCUAAUUCAAAUUCAGUGUCCAACUCGUCGGGACUCUCUCCACAUCGAAUUUUACAGGACUCCACACUGUUUGCCCCAGACGAUGACCCGCUAGCUAUUCUAUCCCGUUCUCUGGAACAAAACCCAGCUGCAACUCUCAGAAGCUUCAACAGCCCCAACACCCGCCACCCAACUAUUUCGUCACCAUCUUCUGGCCAUGACAAUCAGCAGCACUGCAUCAAUCCAAACCUUCUCAGUAAUGUAAACUCGCAAUUUGUCGACUCCGGGUUCCUUAUUGAUCGUAUUUCGCCUCCUGAUAACCAGGUCGAUGAUGAUUCAAACUCGUUAUUUGACGAUUUCACUUUUCAACGAAGAAUGAGUGAGCUUGCUUCUUCACGCAACCCUGCAAGACCGGAAUUAUACAACAGAAACUCUAUUUCCUAUAACACCGAUGCCUGGAACUUACCAAGCUCGACAUCGACCAAGGGACCAUCUAAUAAACCACAAAGGUCAUUUGGCGCUGUUUUGCCCUCUUCCUCAAGCACAGUUCGGCCCUCAAGCACAGAAAAACGCUCAGAGUCGUUACGACCUGCAAGUUUAUCAACUUCACCUUUCAAGAUAGACAACGAACUCACGAAAUUCCUGGAGGACUACAAUUUGAGUUAUUCUGUUUCUAAACCAAGCAAAACGAGAACUACAUCUUUCAACAACGCAAGCAACGCAAGAAGAUCUUCGGCGUCGGAACCUCAGCAUAGGGUCCAGAAACAGCGUGCCUCGAUGUCCCUGGUGGACGGCAACAAUCAAGAUCUAAUAGCAAAGCUUUAUGGCGAUGUCAAGGCACCGAGACCCCGUCUUACGAGCCUAUCAUGGGAAAACGCAAUCAUGUCAGAUGACGAUGAGGACGAGAGUGGAGAUAGAGAUACCCGGGCGAUUAACGACAAUACCCUGAACCGAAACAUAGAUGGAGGAGAAACGAGAUAUAGCUCAGGAGUGACCGACAAUAAUGCAAUAGGAGAAGAAGUUAUCAAUGAAGACGAUGACCAAAUAACACAACUGCAAUCUCCGCACCUGGACUCUGCAAUGGAUUUUCUUUCUCACGACCUCAAACCAAGCAUGACCUUCCGUGAUGCUAAGUUUGUUCGUCCAAACUCUCUCAUAAACGGUAACAAAAUGCCCAUUUUGGAUGUGUCUGAAACGCGGUCCAAAUCGGCUACGUCCAGUUUUUCUAAUCCAUUGCACCACUCGAUGACCAAUUCUCCGACCCCUUCUUCGUAUCGCUCCAACAGCCAUAGCGACACCUACAACAACAAUAACAACAAUAACCAAGUUUCGAGCAAGCCUAGAUCAGGACAAUCCUUUUUCAAGGCCUCCCGCUCCAGCAAGUCGACGUCACCAUUCGACGACGACGAAAAGCCGUUCAAAUGUCGCGAAUGUACUAAAACUUUUCGCAGGAGCGAACAUCUCAAAAGGCAUAUACGGUCAGUACAUUCGACUGAGCGCCCUUUCCACUGCCCCUACUGUGAUAAGAAGUUCAGCAGAAGCGAUAACCUAUCUCAGCAUCUCAAGACUCACAAGAAACAUGGCGACUUCUAG